CAGAUCCAUAAUUGAUGGGCCCUUCAUUCAUCCCGCUCCCGCCGUGCCGGAGUCGCUCCCGCCGCUCCCGGACCCGUUCCCACCUGCCCACGGGAUGGAUAAACCUGGAUAAAGCUGGCAAAUUAACGAGGAUUGCCUUGGCCUGGGGACAGCUGACACCGCUCAGGGAGGUGGAGAUUCCUUGCGCUGGGAGGGAGCUGAAUGGGGUUCCCUUAGACAAAGGGUCCCAGGCAGCAUUCCAGGCUCCGGGCGCGUCCAGGGACCUUCCAUUCUUUGUCUGAAAGGGCAGCGCUGCCGUUCCCAUUCGAGCGAUGCCUGACGGAGCCGGAGCCGCCGGGAGCGAGGAGCUGCGGCAGCUGAUCGGCUUUCAAAUCACCUUCAACCCUCGAUUUCCUUAACAUGAUCCCUCCGUCAGCGCAGUCCCCGGGGCACAGCCGGGGGGCUUUGCCGGCAGGAGAAUAAACCGGGGCUGGAGGCGACAGCCAGCGCUGGAAAAGCCCCGGCCACGACGCGGGGACUCAAACUCCACCUUCCCCAGCACUCCAGGACUUUUUACGGUCGGGCAACAGCUUUGCACGACCUCACCCCAUCAGCUUCCCGGGAUUCACCUCCAAUCCAGGUGGGAUAACCCCCUCCUCGGAGCAUCCCAGGAGCCGCCGAGAAGCUUCCCCGCGGCGCCGGCUGCCGGGGAAGGGAUGAAGACGCUAUGGCCAAGCUUUUGCUAAAACUCCAGCGGUAUUUUCGGCGCAAACCCGUGCGCUUCUUCACGCUGCUGGCUCUGUAUCUGGCCGCCGGCAGCUUGGUUUUCCUGCAUUCCGGCUUUUCCGGGGAGCCCACGGUGCCGGGGAGCCCGCGCAGCCCCGCGGCCGCCGAGGGGCCGGGGCUGCCUUACCUGGGGGUGAUGCAGCUCAGCCGCGGCUUCAAGGCAGCGGCGACGAUGCCGGCGGGGGCCCGGCGCCACGGCUCCUGGUUCAAAAGCACCUCCAAGGAGCCGUCGGAGAGGGGAAAAUCCCGGGAUAACGGCGGCCCCCGGAGCCGGGCGCUCAGGGGCAGGAGCGGCCGCGAGAAGGAGGAGGACAGAGCCCGGUACAUUGGCUGCUACGAGGACAACACCCGGCGGAGGACCCUGCGUGGGAUGUCCUUCUUCGACUACAAGAAGAUGACGGUGUUCCGUUGCCAGGACAACUGUGCCGAGCGGGGGUACCUAUACGCAGGGCUGGAAUUCGGGGCCGAGUGCUACUGCGGGCACAAGAUCCAGGCGUCCAACGCCAGCGAAUCCGAGUGCAACAUGGAAUGCAAGGGAGAGCGGAGCAACACCUGCGGCGGGAUCAACCGGCUCUCCAUCUACCGCCUGGAGCUGGCCCAGGAAUCCGCCCGCAGAUAUGGAAGCGCGAUAUUCCGAGGGUGUUUCCGCCAGCCGGAAAACGUCUCCAUUGCCCUGCCCGCCAGCCAGCUCAUGCUCAACAUGUCCGUGGAUAAAUGUGUGGAUUUCUGCACGGAAAAGGAAUUCCCGCUGGCAGCGCUGGCGGGCACCACGUGCCGCUGCGGCUUUCCCAGCACGCUGUUCCCGCUGCACGAGCGCGAGGACGAGCAGCUCUGCGCCCACAAAUGCGCCGCCGAGGAGUUCGAGAGCUGCGGCUCCGCCGAGUUCCUGCUGGUCUACCAGACACAAGUGCAGGACAACCGCUGCAUGGACAGGAGGUUCCUGCCCAGCCGUGCCAAGCAGUUGGUGGCCCUGGCCAGUUUUCCUGGAGCUGGGAACACCUGGGCCCGGCACCUGAUCGAGUUGGCCACCGGCUUCUACACCGGCAGCUACUACUUCGAUGGGUCCCUCUACAACAAAGGAUUCAAGGGCGAGCGGGAUCACUGGAGGAGCGGGAGGACCAUUUGCAUCAAGACCCACGAGAGCGGGCAGAAGGAGAUCGAGUCCUUCGACUCGGCCAUUCUGCUCAUCCGCAACCCCUACAAGGCCCUCAUGGCCGAGUUCAACCGCAAAUACGGGGGACACAUCGGCUUCGCUGCCCACGCCCACUGGAAGGGCAAAGAGUGGCCAGAGUUUGUGGCCAACUACGCGCCGUGGUGGGCGACCCACACGCUGGACUGGCUGCGCUACGGGAAGAAGGUGCUGGUGGUGCACUUUGAGGACCUCAAACAGGACCUGUUCGUGCAGCUGCAGAGGAUGGUGGCCCUGCUGGGUGUCCCUGCCUGCGAGGACAGGCUGCUGUGCGUGGAGGGACAGAAGGAUGGCAACUUCAAGCGCUCGGGCCUGAGGAAACUGGAGUACGACCCCUACACGCCCGAGAUGAGGAAGGUGAUCAGCGGCUACAUCCGAACCGUGGACGCGGCGCUGAAGCUCCGCAACCUCUCGGGGGUGCCCGAGGAUUAUUUCCCCAGAUGAUGGUGACCGCAGCGGGGACACCGCGCCCUGCGUGGCCAGGGGUGGCUCGGUUGUCCUCCCCAGGCCUCUGCCUAAUUCCACCCAGUGGGUGGCUGCUCUUUUAACCCUCCGUGUGCUGCUGUAGCUGUUGAUCACUCCCUGCAUGAGCCACCACAGGUCCCCAGCUACCGCUGAGCUUUUUUUUGGCCAACCUGGGGACACAGGUGCCUCCCCUGCUCCUGUUCUGGCUGUCCCAGCCCUCCUGGGAAGUGCAAUGGGAUGUUUGUGUCCCCUCGGGCUCUCCUGGGGACGCUGAGCUGCUCAGGCCGUGCCUGACGCACCCGGAGUUGCCGGAGCUGAGCUCCCUGGGGUGGGUGUCCCCAAAAUCCCAGCCCUGGAAGGAUUCCACUCGUCCUUGGAUGGAAGGGAGGAUGGACCGAGGGCAUGGUGCCGUGGGGGUGAUGCCCCUGUGGAUCCUGCCUGAGUUUGUGGGAUUGUGCUAUGCAAUGUCCCCAGGUGUGGUGGCUGUGGCCCCUUGAGCCAUCCUGUGGCUCCCUGAGAAUUCCCUGGAAUUCCCUGCCCACAGCACCAGGCAAAGUUGCUGCUCUGGCCCUUGGGUGGGUACAGGCAGGAUUCCCUGUGGAUGCUGCUCCAGAGCGGGACAUUCUCCCUGCACAGAGGAGCUGUCGGGACCCACGAGCUCCUCCAGGCCUCACUUCAGAGCCCACAGCCCAGGGUAGCCCCCCAGGAGCAGUUCUGGGGCUCCAGGAGCAGGGUCCGCUCUGCAGCCCAGCUGCAUCCAACCCCCGUGGGGAGCAAACGCUGGGGCUGAGCUUUGGGGUGUCCCAAAGCCAAACCAAAGGAUCCCACACACCGGGAACGUGCCGAUUUCUGGGCUGGCUUCGUGCACAGCUGCAUGUGGUCCCUGGCUGUCCCCUCAUCCCCCUCAUGCCGCCCUCCCUGUCCUGGCUUUGCCCCAGAGGAGCCCUCCAGAGCUCCCACCCCGCCAGCCCCCCUUGGAUGUAGGUGCAAAAGCCAUAAAUCGUACGCAGCCUUCUCUAGAGUUAGAGAUUCACCAGUUGGCUUUUAACUCCUGAUCCUGACAGAAACGCAGGCACAGGUCGGAUCCAGAGGCCCCGCUCGGUCUCUGUUCCAAGAGAGAAGAAAACUCCCUGGAGAAAAAAGGAGAAUUUCAAUAAAAAUCUAUUUUUCUAAGGUGUGUACAGAGCAGAGCUGGGCUGGGGGGGAGCUCCUGCUCCCUGUUUUCUUGAAGGAGGUGGGGGAUUGCAUUCAGAGGGAGUUUUUAACUCUUCCCUUGACAAACAGCUGGAGGAUUUUUGGGAUUCGUGGCAGUGGGAAUCGAGCUGAGCCCAGACUCCUUCUCUCGCGGCAGCCCCAGGGUUCUCUGUCAGUCGGAACAAACCCUCAGGGCAGCUCAGCUAUUAAAGGAGAGGUUUUGUUGCUG